AUGGGCCCCCAAUUAGGGAGGCCUGCGGAUACCACAGUCAGCCAAUCACUAUCCUCUCUCCAUCGUAGAUCGUAUCAUGACCGGAGCAGCAUCCACGGCGCGGACGACCCCGCCUCCGCAGCGCCCGAGAUCGUUCCAGCUCUCCGCAGGCGCGUGCAGCAACUGCAGGAGCAGAACGAGAAGCUGGAGCAAGGGAAACGGGCGUUGGAGCGAGAACUGGAGCAGCAGAGCCAAGCGCAUGCGAGCAAGACCGAGCGCUUGUGGUGGGAGAUCAGGCAGAUGGAGGGGACUCUGCAACGCAAGGAGAGCGACGCCAAGCAACUGCAGGGGCAGCUUAGAGAGCAAAAGACCAAGUGUGAGGUGGAAAGACAGCGCGCUGAUGAGCUGCAGCGUGCGGUCGACAGCAGCGCCGGGCAAGUGCAGGAGGAGGUGCAGCUGAAGGCACAAAUCGAGACUCUUCAGCAACACAUUCGCGACCAGAAAACAUCAGCCGAGGCAAGACUGUUGGAAGUUGAAAGGCAGGCGAACGCGAGACUGUUGGAAGUUGAAAGGCAGGCGAACGCGGACAAGUUGCGUCUUGAAACCACAGUGGAGGAGCUCGAGAAACGGCUGCAGGAACAGCUAGAGCAAGAGCGGACCCGAGUGCCCCGACAAGGCAGUCAACGAAACUGUAGCCAUGGCGACAUCCACUCGUCAAUGGAGAGUGCUAUGCCUCACUUGCGCUGGCUGAUGGAGGCGUAUGAACGCGGCAAUAGCUGUUCGGAGAGCUUCCUUGACCCUACACCUGCAAUCCAGGUUGCAACACCUGGAGAAGACUUGAGCAACCGGCUGAAUGAGCAGCGUAGCGCGUUUGAUCAAGAGCGAGCCCAGUUGUUGCAGCAUGCGAGUGACGCAGCUAGAACUCAGCAGGAUGUGAGCAGGCGACAACUCAUGGAGCGUGAGGCAGUGCUGACAUGCCCCAUCUCGCUGGAACUGUUUGAGGACCCCGUCGUGACCGAAUGCUGCGGCAAGACCUUCUCGUCCGAUGCAUGGAGCCAAGCACGGAGGCGGAGUUUGUUUUGUGGCUUUUGCCGUUCGCCUAAUGCAUCAGUCCAUGCAAACCGUGACGUGGCGAAGCUUGUAGAGCUGCAUCGUGCUGAACGCUCUGUGCUCGGGUUGCCGGACCUCCCACCUCCGAGCCCAGCGACUGCGACAACUGGUGCGAACAGCACAGCGAGUUCGACUACUUCGACGUCUAGAAGCGGAUCUCAUAGAGAAAGACACUCUACUACUCGCCAAAGUCGCCACCGUGCGCAUCGCAGUGAGCGGGUUCACGAACGCUCAGAAGUCCCUCACCAUCGACACUCCACCCGUACGGACUCAGAAACUGUGUCUACAGCCAUGCAAUCCCGGGAAGCUCGUCGCCACUCCCGAACUCCAAGUGCUGCUGCCACACCACGUUUAUCAGCCCGUGAACUACUCGCGAGAGCUUCAGAUUAUUAUCGCCGCCUAUCAGUGAACGAGGUCGAUUAUCUUCAGGCAUUUGACAGGCAGGUGGAUGAAAGUGCUCGCCGGCGGCGAAGAGCUCUCCGACGAGAUUUUGUCCCCUCUACCUUAGAUAGCUCCUCCGACACCGACUAA